AUGCCGCGGCUCGCGAGAGCUGCGCGCCGGCUAAUUGCCCCCGUGGCCGUGGCUGGCGUGGCCGGCGGGGCCCUCUACUACGUGUACCGGCCGCGCAACAUCCCUGGCUACGACGGCCCCGCCGUGCCCCAUCCCAUCUUUGGCGGCGGCGGCACCUUCAAGCUGCCUCGCUUCCCGCGCAUCAGGUCGCGCGCCGAGCAGAUCGAAGCCCUCAAGAAGAGCAGCGCCUCCUCCAGUGGCCAAGACGCCGAGUACGACAUCCUGGUCAUUGGCGCCGGCGCAACCGGGGCCGGCGUGGCCCUCGAUGCCGCCACCCGCGGCCUGCGCGUCGCCGUCGUCGAGCGCGACGACUUCAGCAGCGGCACCAGCAGCAAGAGCACAAAGCUCGUGCACGGCGGCGUGCGCUACCUCGAAAAGGCCGUCUGGAACCUCGACUACGCCCAGUACGAGCUCGUCAAGGAGGCCCUCAAGGAGCGCAAGUACUUCCUGCAGACGGCCCCCCACCUCAGUAUGUGGCUGCCCAUCAUGCUGCCCCUGGACCGCUGGUGGAAGGUGCCCUAUUACUGGGCCGGCACAAAGUUCUACGACUUCCUCGCCGGCAGCGAGGGCAUCGAGAGCUCCUACUUCCUGACCAAGAGCAAGGCCAUCGACGCCUUCCCCAUGCUCAAGCAGACCGACCUGGUCGGCGCCCUCGUCUACUACGACGGCGCCCACAACGACUCGCGCAUGAACGUGUCCAUCGCCAUGACCGCCGCCCUGUACGGCGCCACCGUCGUCAACCAUGCCGAGGUCACCGCCCUGCUCAAGGACGACCACGGCAAGGUCCGCGGCGCCACCGUCCGGGACAUGGUCGCCGAGCGCGACGGCAGGAGGCCCGACUCGUUCAACAUCCGCGCAAAGUGCACCAUCAACUGCACCGGCCCCUUCACCGACGGCGUGCGCAAGCUCGACGACCCCAGCUGCAAGGAGAUCGUCGCCCCGGCUUCGGGCGUGCACGUCAUCCUCCCCGGCUACUACAGCCCCGGCAAGAUGGGCCUCAUCGACCCCUCGACGUCAGACGGCCGCGUCAUCUUCUUCCUGCCGUGGCAGGGCAACACCAUCGCCGGCACCACCGACGAGCCCGCCACCAUCGCCACGAACCCGCUCCCCGACGAGAGGUCCAUCGAGUGGAUCCUCAACGAGAUCAGCCACUACCUGUCUCCCGACAUCAACGUCCGCCGCGGCGACGUGCUGGCCGCCUGGUCGGGCCUGCGCCCGCUCGUCAAGGACCCCAAGGCCAAGAACACCGAGUCGCUGGUGCGCAACCACCUGAUCGACGUGUCCGAGUCGGGCCUCAUCACGUGCGCCGGCGGCAAGUGGACCACGUACCGCCAGAUGGCCGAGGAGUGCGUCGACGCGGCCGUCAACGAGUUCGGCCUGCAGACGCGGCCCGUGACCGACGCGCCGCGGGUCAGCGGGUCCGAGGCCAUCGACGACGGCGCCAGCCUCGACGGCUCGUGCCAGACGCACCGCGUGCGGCUCGUCGGCGCGCACGGCUUCAGCCGCACCCUCUUCAUCCACCUCAUCCAGCACUUUGGCGUCGAGACCGAGGUGGCCAAGCACCUGACGGAAAGCUACGGUGACCGCGCCUGGACCGUCGCCGCCCUGUGUAAGCCCACCGACAAGCGCUUCCCCGCCCGCGGCGAGCGUAUCUCCCAGCUGUACCCGUUCGUGGACGGCGAGAUCCGCUACGCCGUCCGCCACGAGUACGCCCAGACCGCCGUCGACGUCCUCGCCCGCCGCACCCGCCUCGCCUUCCUCAACGCCCAGGCCGCCCUCGAGGCCCUGCCCACCGUCAUUGACGUCAUGGCCGAGGAGCUCAAGUGGGACCGCAAGCGCCAGGACGUCGAGUGGAAGGAUACCGUCGCUUUCCUAGAGUCCAUGGGCCUGCCCCCGUCCAUGCUCUCCGUCACGAGGAAGCAGAUCGAGCAGGGCAAGAUCGACUUUCGCACCUCGCUCGAGUACAGAAUGUACUCGCGCCACGAGAAGCCCGUCCUCGACAGCGACGACAAGCCGGAGUAG